AUGGGCGAAAUGGAGGAGCUGCGAAAGGAGGCGGACAACCUCAAAGAUCAGAUCACUGAGGCCCGAAAGGUAGUGCAGGACACCACCCUGCAGGAGGCGGUUGCUGGGACGACGCUGGUGGGGCGUGUCCAGCUGAAGACCAGGAAGACGCUGAGGGGUCACCUGGCCAAGAUCUAUGCCAUGCACUGGGGCACUGACACCAAGUUGUGUGUCAGUGCCUCUCAAGAUGGAAAGCUGAUAGUGUGGGACACCUUGACCACCAACAAGGUGAACGCCAUCCCUCUGAAGUCCUCGUGGGUGAUGACGUGUGCCUACGCGCCCUCAGGGAACAUGGUGGCGUGUGGCGGUCUUGACAACAUGUGCUCCAUCUACAACCUCAAGGGCAAGGACGGCAACGUCAAGGUCAUGCGUGAGCUGGCCGCACACACAGGUUACCUGUCCUGCUGUCGUUUCCUUAGCGACAGUGAGAUCAUCACCAGCUCUGGCGACUGCACCUGUAUUCUAUGGGACAUUGAGACAGGGACAGAGAAGACCAUCUUCGCGGGCCACUUGGGUGACUGCAUGUCCCUGGCCGUGUCCCCCGACUUCAAGAUGUUCAUCUCGGGGGCGUGUGACUUCACAGCCAAACUGUGGGACAUCAGGGAAGCCACCUGCAGACAGACGUUCAGCGGCCACGAGAGUGACAUCAACGCCAUCGGGUUCUUCCCCAAUGGUAAUGCGGUUAUAACGGGCUCAGACGAUGCCACCUGUAAGCUGUACGACCUGAGGGCAGACCAGGAGCUCAUCACCUACCAGGACUCGGGCAUCAUGUGUGGGGUGACCUCCCUCGCCCCGUCCCUCUCCGGCCGACUUCUACUGGCUGGAUACGAUGACUUCAACGUCAACAUCUGGGACAUGCUUAAAGCCGAGAGAGUGGGAGUGCUGGCUGGUCAUGACAACAGGGUGAGCUGCAUCGGAGUAUCCUCGGACGGAAUGGCAUGCUGCACAGGAUCCUGGGACAGCUUCCUGAAGAUAUGGAACUGA